GGACCUCCCGCGCGCCCUAGAGCGGCCGCGUGGGACCCUGUCGGCGGCGCACUUCCGCCCGCACGCGUCGCUGCCCCGCGGACUGCUGGGCCUCGGAACGGGCCUGCACCUCCCUCGGCUCUUGCGCGGGCCUCGGGGAGAGGGGUGGAAGAUGUCUAUGGAUGUGACGUUUCUUGGGACUGGUGCAGCAUAUCCAUCCCCUACUCGGGGUGCCUCUGCUGUGGUCUUUCGGUGUGAAGGCGAAUGCUGGCUCUUUGACUGUGGAGAGGGGACACAGACACAGCUUAUGAAAAGCCAACUGAAGGCAGGGAGAAUUACCAAGAUUUUCAUCACACAUCUUCAUGGAGACCAUUUCUUUGGCCUUCCCGGCCUCCUCUGCACAAUCAGCCUGCAGAGUGGCUCUGUGGUCACCAAACAGCCAAUUGAAAUCUAUGGCCCUGUAGGACUUCGAGACUUUAUCUGGCGAACCAUGGAGCUCUCUCACACAGAGUUGGUGUUCCCUUACGUGGUCCAUGAGCUGGUGCCCACAGAAGAUCAGUGUCCUACAGAAGUACUAAAAGAAUCUUCACAUGUCGAUAAAGCAACAGAGAGCCCCCCCUCUCCCAAAGAGGGACAAGGAAGAACGAUCCUAUUAGAUUCAGAAGAAAACUCAUACCUUCUGGUUGAUGAUGAACAGUUUGUUGUAAAAGCAUUUCGCCUCUUUCACAGAAUUCCCUCCUUUGGGUUUUCAGUUGUAGAAAAGAAACGCCCAGGUAAACUCAAUGCACAGAAGCUGAAAGACCUUGGUGUUCCGCCAGGUCCUGCCUAUGGGAAGCUGAAAAAUGGGAUCUCUGUUGUUCUGGAAAAUGGGAUUACAAUUUCUCCCCAGGAUGUCUUAAAAAAGCCUAUUGUUGGAAGAAAAAUAUGCAUAUUGGGUGAUUGUUCUGGGGUUGUAGGAGAUGGAGGAGUGAAACUGUGCUUUGAAGCAGACCUGUUGAUCCAUGAGGCAACCCUGGAUGACACCCAGAUGGACAAAGCAAAGGAGCAUGGCCAUAGCACACCUCAGAUGGCAGCAACGUUUGCAAAAAUGUGCCAAGCAAAGAGGCUGGUUCUUACUCAUUUCAGUCAGAGGUACAAACCAGUUGCCUUGGCCAGAGAAGGAGAAACAGAUGGCAUUGCGGAACUGAAAAAGCAAGCAGAAUCAGUGUUAGAUCUCCAAGAAGUGACUCUAGCAGAAGAUUUUAUGGUGAUUGGCAUUCCAAUCAAGAAAUGAAACAUAUUGACAUGUCUGUAAAUGUUACUGAACCUACAGUCCAGAUUUUUUUUUUCUUUUGUUUUUGUUUUUGGUCUGAAAUUAUUUUGGCCCUGAUAAUCCUAAAAAGGAUGGAGCUGCAUUAUUGAUCUGACUCAUUAGUGAGAGGGAGCAAGCUUUUUGAUAAUAAAUCAUUUUUAGAAGAAGAAAAAAAACCACCCAGCAUCCUUCUUAAAGUGCAUAUUUGACAAAAAGAUAGAUUUUGCAGGUAUUCUUCUCAUUUUCUGACUACUGCCACAGAUGUAAGCCAUGCAGUCCUGGGCUUAGCUUCUGCCCAGCUUUAUUGUAGUAAUUGGCAAAGUACACUGGAAUCGGCCUCUUGGCUAGAAAUGGUAUUUUGUCAGUUUGUGUUGAAUCUGCUCAUGUUAUUAACAGAAGAGAAAGAGCGAGUUACAAGACUUUGUAUAUGUAAUAUUACCAAUAGCAUGCAGUGGUUUUACUGGAUUAUUGAAUUCAGGGCUGGGCUAAGUGAUAUGUUAGUGUUUUGCUGAAAUUUUUGGUUUGCUCUUAGCCCACAAUUCUCAUCUGAGUACUGUCCUAGGAAUUUGGAAAUUGUGGGAAUGUUUUCUUCUCACAAUGACAGAGGGGUGGUAGUGAUAAUAUUACUGGUUUUAAUCCGCAGGGGUCAGGAAUGCUAGAUGCCCUGUAAAGUUUGGGUUAGUCCUGUAGAAUAACCUCAUCCCCAAAUGCAUAUUGCAGGCCUGUUGAGUUAUACAGCAAGUUAAAAUUUAUACUUCCAAUGUGAAUAUGCUUUACCAAAAUUAGUGACAUAUUGAGUUGAAUUACUAGGUAAGUUGAUCCAACAACAGAUCCUGAAGAUUGAAUAUGUCAGAAUUGGAAUGCUCUAUCAAAUAUUUUUUGAAAGAAAUGAGUCAUCAAGUGAAGCUUAUGAAUCUGGGGGUAAAAAGUGGUAUUUAUUACUGAGAUUUAAUUUACAUGUCCCCAUUAAUAAUAGAAAUAUAGGAUACCAUAAAAAUACCAUAUUUAAGAGUUAUCAGGAUAGAGGAAGGCAUAGAGUUCCAAACCAAAGGAAUGAACAAUCUAUUCAAUGAAAUAAUAUCAUAAAAUUUUCCAAACAUGAAGAAUGAAUUGGAAAAUCAAAUUUAAGAGGCUUACAAGACACCAAAUGUAUAAAAUCACAAGAGAUCCACACCAAGGCACAUUAUAAUGAAAAUUCCUAACAUACAGAAUAAGGAGAGAAUAAUUCUUUGAGCACAAACUUAAUAAAUGUUCCUCGUAGAAUAGCCUUUCCUUAUGAUCUUAUGUUCUGUGGAAAAUUAAUAUAGAAUGCUGAUUCAUUCAAAAGGGCUCCCUAAUUAAAUCAGUUUGGGGAAUGUUUUAUGCUCUGUGUCCCCUCUGGGACUGGGUUCGUGCCCAUCAACCUAUUAAAAACAGUAUUCUUUGGAAUGAUCACAAACCAGGUUGGGUGCAAGAAAGACCUGAUUUUAGAGUCCCAUUUUGUACUUUGUGUAGCACCUCUGUGUGGUCUAGAGCAGAUUACUUAUUCUCUCUUAACUUCUGGAGCUUGUUUAUCUCCAAAAUGGGGAUGGAGAGACUUGCUUGACAGGAUUGUUGUGACGAUUACAUGUGACAGUGCAGAUAAGGAGCCCAUUGGGUAAAGGCAUUGAGGAGGCCUGCAGUAGAGGGCUGUCAACUUUUUAUGAACUCCUUUUUCAAUGUUGUGUAUUAACAUCACAAGAACCUAAAGAGCUUUACGCUACACAAAUUUAGAAACAUUGUCAGAGUGUGUUCUCUCAAAAUUCUUUGGGUUCUCGGGUUUCUCUGGUCAAAAAUUUUGACUCCUGGAUGGUUAUGGAGAUGGCAUAGUAGUGAUGAUCAAGACAGCUCUGCUUGGGACUGGGGAUAUAGCUCAUUUGGGAGAGUGCUUGCCUCACAUGCACAAGGGCCAAGUUCAAUCCCAAGUACCAAAAAAAAAAAAAGCUCUGCUUCAGUUUUCAGGCAUCUCUAGAAUGGUUGGAUUCUGACUAGACUUUGCCCCCAAAGUGCCCAAAUUUGAUCAGCAUAGUGUAUCUUUGCUUCUAAACAAGCAUUAAUUAGACAUCUACUAUGAGCCCAAACCUGUACAUAGGGAAAGCCUAGGACUAGUAUCUCCACUGCACGAAACCCUUACGGGUAGAGACUAUGUCCUGGUCACCUCUAUAUUUUUAGAAAUGCCUACCUACAGUGAGCACUCAGAAAUGUUUUCUGAAUGAAUAAAGCCUUGAUGUCAUGAGAGUGCACAAAUUAGAACAUACUUAUGUGCCAAGCUCAUUUCAUUACUGUACUUUUCAGGAACUUAAACCACCUGGUAGGUGCGCCCGCUUCACUGAGUACCAAACAAGUGCUAAGCUUUAUUGUGUUGGGUGUACAUAAAAUGAGUAGACAAAAGGAGACACAUUUCUAGCCCUGACCUCAUAGUGUAAGGGUGGAUAAUAAACAAAAGUAAAUAUCUAGUAGCCUGGUGCUUAGUUUUGCUGCUUCUGGGCUUUAUUUGGUAGCUAGCUUGAGCCAUGCUCUUAGACUCAGGCUUUAUAAAUGUAUGUGGGCUGAGCCCUCCAACACCAAGGAAAGGAAUUGAGAUGUUGUUUUCCAUGGUGAGAAUUCUUUCUAGACCCUCUUUUGGCCUUGAGUUUGUUUUUAAUGCUAGGAGAAUUCUAAGAAUUUUUGGAGCUAGAAUUAAGAAUGAAGUGUAUGUUCAACUUAACCUGUAAUCUACUCCUGGUGAUACAUUAGUAGGAGGGAAGAGGGGUAAUAAUGUGCCAUGUUCCUCCAAGCUUAUUUGAUCACUGAACCCUCUUUUUGCCAAGGAACAUCUUGGGAUAUUGAGAAAUACUAUUCCUUAUUACUUCUAAAAUGAUUAUAGUUUUAUGUUUUACCAGCUCGAUUUAUGGAGGUAAUGAUUUCCAUAUCUACACUUGGUAUAGUGCUUUCUUUGUCCUACAUUGACUUUCAGUUGCCAGGAAUUCAUAGAUACCUACUUAUUUUAGGUUAAAAAAAAUGCACUUUCUAGUUCUCAGAAGUUGUUUAGACUUGUUCAAAUGGAACCUAAAUCAACUGUUGCUAAUACUCAUGCCUCAUUAAUGUGCUUUGAAUAAACUUUGAAUCAUAAAAGUGA